AUGGCAGAAGAAGAACUUUCUGAGUGGACGAGAAGGUAUGAAAACGACGCCUUUGACGAGCUUUUGUAUAAUGAGCCACCUCUCCUCUUUCUGCCUCAAGAACAACAUCAUAUACUCAUGCCAAACGAAGAUUCCAUCACAAACAAGUUAGUCUCAUCACCGCUUUACUCCGGUCCAAGAAUUCAAGAUAUCGCAGACGCUCUCGCUGCGGUUAAACCCCUAACCAACCCAGUCCGACAAAUCUCUGAAUCAACGGUCUCGAUAUUGGAAAGGAGUACUGUAAGCAAGGUGGAUAGGUACACAUUCAAGGUGAAGAAUGAUUGUAAUGGAAUGAGUGAUGAUGGAUACAAAUGGAGAAAGUAUGGUCAAAAAUCCAUCAAACAUAGCCCUAACCCAAGGAGUUAUUACAAGUGCACAAACCCAAUAUGCAAUGCCAAGAAGCAAGUGGAGAGAUCCAUUGAUGAGCCUAACACAUAUAUCAUCACCUAUGAAGGUUUCCACUUUCACUUCAGCCACCCUUUCUUCCUACCCAACAAGACUCAUCGGCCCAAUAAAAAGACCAAACGGCAACAAGGGCUUCUAGAAGACGUGGUGGCUCCGGCAAUGAAGAAUACUCCGACCAGGGACUGUGUUUUGGCAGCUUCUUGGUCUUCAUUAUCGUCAUAUAGUUCCUCAUCUUGCUCUUCUUCUCGGACUUGUUCACCACCCGUUUCUCCAUCUUCUCUAUGUUGGUCUCCCAAUUUCAACAUCGGAUUUAGUGACGAAAUACUUGAAUCAAUCGGAUCUCGUAAACUUUAA